AAGAUCGAGCGCCUCCGGUCACUCGAAAUUAAUAUUUAAAGCCAAGGAUUGAGCAAAGUUAGAGAUAAAACUGAGGGCGAGUGAAGCUGAAGAGGGUUUUAGGGAGAUCAGAGAGAUAUGGAUGCAGGCAAGAAGAGAAAGCUCGCUCACCAAGGCAACGGCGUCAGUCUCGACCCGGAUGAAUUGCACGCCCUUUUGGAACCCUUAAGCAAAGAACAGUUGCUCUCUAUCAUGGUCAAUAUAGGUUCCUCAAACCCUGCAAUUGCAGAAGAAAUUAGAGAGGUUGCAAGCAAGGACCCUGCUCAUCGGAAGCUGUUUGUGCGUGGAUUGGCUUGGGAGACUUCUUCUCAGACUCUAUGUGCUGCUUUUGAACAGUAUGGGGAAAUUGAAGAAGGGGCUGUCAUUAUGGAUAAGUCAACUGGAAAGUCAAGAGGAUUUGGUUUUGUCACAUUCAAGCAUAUGGAUUCGGCUCAAAGGGCUUUAAAGGAACCUAGUAAGACGAUUGAUGGUCGGAUUACUAUAACCAAUUUAGCAGCAGCAGCAAAUUCAAGUCCUGGUCAAACUGGUGAUCUCACACAGAGGAAGCUUUAUAUUGGUGGUCUUUCAUAUGACACAGCUACUGAUAAACUGCUGGAGGUUUUUUCAAAGUAUGGAGAGAUAGAGGAAGGUUCUGUCGCAUAUGAUAAGAAUACAAACAAAUCCAGGGGAUUUGCAUUUGUGACUUUUAAGACAGUAGAAGCUGCAAAGCGGGCUCUGAAGGAACCAAACAAAACCAUUGAUGGUAGAGGGGUUAAUGUAAAACUUGCAGCUGAGGGUCAGAAGGAGAAACCAACACCACAACCGGCAGCAUCUCUGCAAGCACAGCCACAUCCACAAAUACAGACAGGUUAUGCAACUGAGUAUCCAAGUAUGCUGUCAUAUCAUAGGCCAGUACCACAGGCACCGGCUUCUGCACCCCUAUCAAUUGGUUACUCAACAUAUCCUCCAGGUCUAUCUGCAUAUGCUGUUCAGCCAACUCCAUAUGCAACACAACCUACAUAUGGAGGGCUUUCAUCUGCUUCUCAUUAUGGAGGUCUAGGCUCGGCAGCACCUUACAGCUCAAGCCAGUAUGCAAAAUAUGCAACUUCCUUGCAAACUCCGCGUGUGGUUCCAUCUGGAUUGCAUGCUAGUGCUGGAACAGGAGCCAGUGGAGGCUACCCUUACUAUGGUUCAAGUGGAAAUAGUUUUUAGUUGAAUCAUAUUCCAUUAGAAUUCUUCUUUGCAAAUCCAGUAGUACUCUGAACUUGCAGUUCUACUGGUCCGAGACCUGUAUUUUCUUUUUAACUCAGCGAUUGAAUUCUGUUUCAUCGGAUCUGUAGUGACAACAGCCUACUCAUUUAAAUUCUUACUUUGACGGUAGGCAUUUGUAAUCAUUAGUUGUGAUGGUAAGACGCAAACUGAUUGCAAGCAUGGUAGUUUUGAACUUCAGAAAAUGCUGUUUUAGUUGAAAUGAAAUAAUGUCAUGUUUUCAUCA